GCAUUCGAUAUCACCUACGACUUGAAACUAGCGGAACUUUUCUAUCCUACGGUUUGACGCGAGUUAUCGCUCUUGUGACUGACGAUUCGAGUUCAACUGACGGUACCGUUGCUUCGUUGAAAAUCCGUUGGAAAUUCGUUGAAAAUUCGUUUGUCGUUGAUUGGUUGGAACGCGGAGCUGCAAACAUUUGAAAUAAACGUAAAACGAGAAAAACGGACAUGUAACAUCUCCAGAAACGUGUACGAAGUCAACCGAACACGGAACACCGAGUGCGAUGAAAGGGUUUUUCGGGAACAUUCCGGAGUGAAGUGCGACUUUGCAGGACCGGGAAAACAAAACGGUAAAAUCGCGCGUGGUGGUAACUUUUUUGGUGAACCUUGAGGGAAGCUUUUCGCCUGCCAUUUGGCGAUAAUUUUCAAAUCUGAGAUGAACCCUGGGCCGGAUGUUUCGCCGGCGGACGCUUACAUGCUGCUGGACUGAUUUCUUGGUCAAAAACGCUGGACAAUCUGCAGCAUGUAGCGGACUUUGUGAAGUGUAAAAGUGCUUGACGCGAGACACUCGUUCGUGCGAAGUGCUAAACGCGCCGCUCGUCGAUUUAACGGCUAAAAUCAUAUCCGCGAUGGAGUUUCCCUGGGCGAUUCAGCACCAUCCCGAUUCUUCUCAGAGCACUCCAGGUCAUCCCGUUGAACACGAGGACUCGGGCGUCAUUCCGCACUCGGCGACUCGACGCCUCUUGACCCAAGUUGCAGGAAGGGGUGAUUUUGUCGGAGGGAUUGACAACGAAGCGCUGGACUUUUCACAGUUAGAGGAUUUUAUCAAUAGCGACAGCGAGCAGACCGCCUCAUAUUUUGCACACACCCUCGCCCACAAUGAGAGUGGUGUUGCACCAAAUACGAGCUCCAGGGUGCAGGAAGCGACGGCGACGCAGCAGCAACCAUCCAGAUUGCCGUCGCCGAUUACCCAAAACCCUGUUUCGGUAGCAACAACCGUCACAAACAACGUAACUUCGUCGAAUUCUUACAAAGAUCCACAAACCUACGUUCAUCCACACUCACUUCCAGAAAGUCCACCAGAUAGUGGAAGUGAACCACCUUACUCACCACCUGGACAUCACGAAUCUCAUGUACAUUCUCCACUCCUAGAUCAAAAGUCGGUAGCUCUUCAAGAGAUCUUGUUACACCACCCAGGAAAUGCUACAAAUUACGCACCUGGCCCACUGCCACCUUCACCCAGAGCAUUGGCUCCGUCCAAUGAUCAACUUCUUCUGACGCACCCUGUCCUUACGCCUCUCUUGGCUCCUAGCACUCCUACGCUACCUACGCAACCGCAAUUAGGAGCUUCUCUCGUAUCCUUGCCACAUGAACACAGUCCCGGGGGCAUAACAACUCUCUAUUCCUCGCUGCAGUCUGGACCUAAGAAAAGAAAACUUAGUCAAGAUGGACUCAUCCACGUUAAGCAGGAGCCAGAACUUGGAACGGUGGAGCAUAGCUGCAGUAGUAGCAACGCAGUAUUGGAUGGGGAUGAAGUUUCAGGGGACAACAAUUACGUAGAUGCCAGUUACCAGUGCAUUCGAUUUCAUCCGUUCCAACAAACUUCAUGGCAUGCUCUCUGUGACCACAAUCUUAAAGAACUACCUGUACCAUAUUAUAGAGUUGAUGCGGAUAAGGGGUUCAAUUUCAGUAAUUCAGAUGACGCUUUCGUUUGUCAGAAAAAGAAUCAUUUCCAGAUCACAUGCCGUGCACAAUUGCAAGGAGAGGCAGUAUUUGUCAAAACUGGUGAAGGUUUGAAAAAGAUCAGCAGUUUUCAACUACACUUUUAUGGUGUUAAAGUGGAGUCUCCAACACAAACAAUCAGAGUAGAACAGAGUCAAAGCGAUAGGAGCAAAAAACCUUUUCAUCCAGUGGUAGCCGGUUCUAGGGUUGAAUUGGGAGGUGAACGUGUCACUAAGGUGACAGUAGGUCGUCUGCACUUUAGUGAAACAACAAGCAAUAACAUGAGAAAGAAAGGAAAACCAAAUCCAGACCAGAGGUAUUUCCACUUAGUCGUUGGCUUGCAUGCUCAUACUGCUGAUCACGCAAGCUAUCAAGUUGUUGCCCAUGCCUCCGAACGGAUCAUUGUCAGGGCUUUUACGCAGGCGAGCAAUCCUGGGCAAUUUGAGUCUGAAGGAAGCGGUGUUGGUGCUGAGGGGGGAUGGCAACGAGGUGCUGCUCCUGACAGUGUUUAUCAUGCUGGAAGAGUUGGAAUAAACACAGACAGGCCUGACGAAGCUCUUGUAGUUCAUGGGAAUAUGAAGUUAACAGGACAUAUCGUACAACCGAGCGACGUGAGAGCGAAGCAGAAUGUUGAAGAGGUUGACACAAGAGAGCAGCUAAGAAAUGUCCAGCAACUACGAGUAGUUCGGUAUCGUUAUGCUCCUGAGUUCGCAUUACAUUCUGGUCUGGGAAUAAAGCCUCAGGAAGAUACGGGUGUCAUUGCACAAGAAGUCCAACGGAUUUUGCCAGAAGCUGUUUUACCCGCAGGAGAUAUCGUUUUGCCAAAUGGGCAGAGGAUAGAUAAUUUUUUGGUAGUUAACAAAGAGAGAAUAUUUAUGGAAAAUAUCGGUGCUGUGAAAGAACUUUGCAAGGUAACGGACAGCUUGGAAACCAGAAUUGAUCAGCUAGAAAAAAUUAACAAGCGGUUAGCAAAAUUAAAGAGAGGAGACAGCCUAAAAAGCUCGGUUAGUACAGUUUCGAGCAUUUCAAGCAGUAAAUACGCACCUUCCAUUGGAGCUAAAUCUACAAUUCCUCGACGGUGCAGCAGGCCUGAAAGAGAUGAGGAACUUCUCUGCAGCAACAAAUUUAUUCAAAUCGUUAUUGUUAUACUCAUUCUCAUAAUGGCCUUCUGUCUUGUAGCAAUGGCCACAUUAUACUUUUUGGAAUAUCAGAAACGCAAUUACAAUCCGUCUCCGGCAGCAAGUGAUGGCAUGUUGUCUGUAGGAGCAUCACGUGCACCAACCGUACCAAGUAAACCUGGAUACGAUCCGCAGUUCAAUCCCCUUCUACAUAGUACUCUACCGCCAUCUCAUACAUCUCUUGGAAUUUAUACAAAAGGCUCAAGUGCCCAGACCUUCACGAAAAGCAGCAUGAUUUCUACGCAAGCUCCGAUCACAAAACAACAGCUUUACUCAAAGGAGACUACAUGGUAUCCGGGACACACAAGGCCUCAACCAAGACCUGAAAAACCAAGUGAGUAUGAUAAUAACUGGUUGGAUAGAAUUGGUCAGGGACAAGUUCCAAGCAGCGUGUAUGAGAAUUAUUCUGCAACUGACGAGGAUGCUUCGCAAAUAGUCGAAAAACCUGCAGCAUUAGGGAAGCCAGCAGAAUGUAUUUCUCGAUACUCUGAACUCGACAGUCGCUGUCAGGUCUACUGCUGCACAUCUGAAAUUCCCCAACUGAAAGCACCUGAUCUCCAACUACAAAAGAAAUCGCUUUCAGAUCAUUUAGUGCAGCCGUUGAGUAUUAUUCCUGAAGACAAACGGAAAAGCGGAAAAAGUUCUCAGAACAGAAUUACACCAUCGGACCCUGACACCCAGGUACUAUUAAAAGAGAAUACCUAUAAGUACCUUCAUUUGCGUUCGAGACGUGAAGCAGCAGGUGGUGGAGACUGGCGUGAGUUUGCAAGCAAUGCUGCCGGAUCAAUACCACCUGAGCCAAGACCCUCACUUUAUCUCAUUGGAAAUGGAUUCAAUGCUUCACUUGAUCAGAGAUAUUGCUCUGCAUUUUCACCAAACAAUUAUAGCUGCAACAUACCUCUGUCUAAGUAUAUGCCAGACACCCAGGUCACCCUGCAGUUUGUAGGAAUUCAGCAGAAUGUAGAGCAAUGCCCUCAAUCAGCAAACUUAGCGACUGAUGAGAGUGUUGGAUGCAGCUAUAACACUCAACAGCAAUAUCCACCAACCUUAACCAAUGUUGAUGGUGGAACAUUUUCCUUAGAUGUUGCCAGCUAUUUAAGGAAGACCUUGACAUUCAGACUAUCCAGUAUGAGACCGAAAGAGAAUUUAUGCAACAGCCAGCAUGGUGGUGAUUAUAUGGAAUUUACUUUAAACUUUUAUCGUGACUGUGAAGAAUGAAGUUAAAAAUUUGUGUAUCACAUGUUUCGAAAGUGCUACGAGUUAUAAAUCGAGCUUGAUAUAUUCUACGUUUCAAAGUUCGUCAUAAACAAAAGACAAAGUUUUCUACAUCUACAUUACGUGUGUCCUCUUUCGGUUAAUGAUACCUAAAAAAGGUACGUAAGUUAAUUAAUUAAAUCUCAAAAUGAGAGAAUCCUGAUGCAAUAUAUUGUUGUAUGUAUUAUAAAUUGACUACGUUGGAUUCAAAUAUAUUUUUUAGAUCCUAACUGAUCGAAUCUCGAGAAAUAAAAUACUGACUGAUGGGUGUUAUUCACAUGAAACGUAAAAAGAAAAACUUGAUUUCGAUAUGUUUUAUGUAUUUGUUAUUUAACGAACACACAAUAUUUUCUGCCGUCCAAGCAGUACCUAAACUGAUGAUUGAGUAUGCAAAAAUUUCAUAGUUCAUUGGUAAGAAAGAAACACGUGUAUGUAGAUGGACACGUCCGUACAUAGAGACUAUGUAAAAAUAUUUCUGAUAUACUUGUUGAAAAUUGAUGGACAUGAAAAAUACAUAUUACUGGGUAGUAAGCUACAAUUGAUUAUUCAAAGUAUUUUAUAGUAUUUAAAAAAAUCUGUUAUACUAUAAAAUAAUUAAAUAGUUCCAAAAGUUAUAUAGUAGAAAUCAAGUGUUAUAUAAUAUUAUUAGAGGUUUUCAUACAAAGUAGUGAAAGAACCGUUUCUCUAAGAUUCAUCAUAUUCAGAACAAAGUAUAUGAGUCUACUUAUUCCAUUUUUGUAUUCUACUGUGUAGUAUGAAAAUAUUAGAACACACAUUUGUACAUUUUUUCACUGUUAUAUAAGUUAUAAGUCUUUAACUUUUAAGUUGUUUCGUGGUGUAUUUAUGAUUUUGACCUGUGAAUUAAAACUGUUCUGUUAUUAUUAUUUUCAUAAUUAUUAUCAUUAUCAUCAUCGUCGUCGUCCGCAUCGUCGUCGUCAUCAUCAUCAUCAUCAUCAUCAUCAUCGUUUUUCUAUGAUAAGCGAUAAAUAUAAGGAAGUACAUGUUAAUUAUAUCUCGAACCAAACACAGUGCAAGUGCAAGUACGGUAUAAUCGCAAUCAGUAUGAAUUGGAAAAUUUAUAAAUCAGUGCUUCAAUGUCUGAUAGUAUUCUUCGGAGACUACAUGAAUUAUAGCCAAAAAGUUAUGCAAACUGCAACUCUCAAAAUUUUAUAAAUGAAACAAAAUACUUAUUUGUCAAAAAUAUGCAUUUAUACAUUUUCUUAUUCCAAAUAAUUCGAUAUUGAAUUAAAAUUACCUGUGAAGAAUUACAAGAUGCAAUUUUAGCGGAUAGCUCGUUUCAACGAAUCAAGUAGAGCAGCAAAACUGUGAAUAAAUUCGACUUUGCAGUUAGAUAAUAUUUGUACUAUUUCUCCAUCAUUGUGGCCCAUAUGUAAAUUUAUUAUUCAUCAGCAACUGAAUUUGCAAACUACAAACUAACCGUAAUGAUAGAAAUGUUUAGUCUUUAAGUUAUAGACACUAGUGGUUUGUACAUACACGUUAGUAAUAUAUUACAUAAAUUAUAUGAUUCAAACUGUAAUAUGAAGUAAUUUAAUAAUAAUAAGUUGAGUUAAGGCUUCUGUUAUUGCCUCAUGUAGUAUUGAAAGUAUUGUAUCAUCUGAAUUGUAUAAUACUUUAUUACAAUUUCAAUAUUCAUUACUGUGGUAAACGAUGUUUGCCCUAAAUAUACUUAAUAUACCUUCUCACACAUAUACUAUCUCUGUCAAGAUGGAAGUCAAAUCCUGAAUUGCCUAGUUCGUUAUAUAAUUGGAUCUCAUUAAAAAAAUCCAUAUUGAUCUACCUAUAUUAUUUUACACAAACAAUCUCGUAAACAAAUAUUUUCAACCGUUAAACCAAAUUAAACCGGUUACCUUUCUAAAAUCUUGUACAUAUAUUUGAUCAGAGUUGCGAUAACUGUAGCAAAUUUUGUACCGGAGAAAGUGGAUAGUCUUUUAAUUGAAUACAUUGAUUGGGUUUGAUAAAGUGACAUUGAAAGCAAGAUACGCGUCCGAUAUUAUUUUUGCGGAUUUUUCAUUAUCGCCAGCUUAUUUAUAAAAGUAAUUCCGUACAAUGAUUCGGAGUGCUAGAUUGUCUUGAAAUUUGCAAUCUCACGCAAUCCUGUAGCGUUCUUUAGCUUAAAACUAAGUCUCAAGUGAUAAAUGUAAUAUAUAAGAACGCCUGUUCCGAAUUGAACACAUA